AUGACAUCCUGAUCACCGGAAGCCAUACAUCCACCCUCGAGGAAAUUCUCCAACGACUUAGGUCUGAAUUCAAGCUCAAGCAACUAGGCGACAUCUCCUUAUAUCUCGGAAUCCAGGUUAUUAAAAAUCCAUCUGGUUAUUUCCUGUCUCAAGCACAUUACGCACAGAAUCUCUUAUCUAUGGCAGGAUUUUCGGACUGCAAACCUUCACCUUCACCAACAUCGCCGCGUCUUCCCAAGAAUCCAGACAACCAACCAUUCGAUGAUCCUCACUUGUUCCGGAAACUUGCCGGAUCACUCCAAUACUUGUCCAUCACAAGACCGGACAUCGCCUUUGCCACCAACAACAUAUGCCAACACAUGCAUGCUCCUCGCAACAGUGACUACACAGCUCUAAAACAUUUGCUCCGAUACCUCAAAGGCACGAUAGAUUUCGGUCUGCCGAUAGCCCCAGGAGCGCUACAACUACGAUGCUACACAGAUGCCGACUGGGCUGCCGACGUUACCGACCGAAAAUCCGUCUCAGGUUUCUGCACAUUUCUCGGACCAAACUUAAUUUCAUGGUCCGUCAAAAAGCAGAACACGGUGGCUCGGUCAUCCACCGAGGCUGAAUACCGCUCGUUAUCAGCCGCUACUUCGGACGUACUCUGGAUUCGUCGAUUAGCAAAUGACCUCGGCAUUCCGCAGACUUCUCCUACUACCAUUCAUUGCGAUAACAUUUCAGCCAUUGCUCUAGCAAAUAAUCCCAUCUUCCAUGCAAGGACCAAACACAUAGAGAUCGAUCACCACUUCAUACUUGGUCAUCUUCAACAACGGCACAUUAGCAUCGCUCACAUCUAUGUAUCUGAUGUGCCAUCCGUGCUGUCGCUUUCAAUAAAAGAUGGACCAUCGAUCACUGAGGACGAUCAGAAACCAGGCGAUUAUUCCAUUCUACUAUGUGGCGCGAUCGGAGAAACAAAAGUUCUAGAAUCUCUUGGUAGGGAAUGCUCAAUCGCUCCCCUUCAGACUGAUCACUGUGAGGAAAAAUCAAAUCAAGAGGAUGGCAAAUGGAUAAAGUG